AUGAGUGACAGCCCCAGCAGCAACACCCCCAGCAACACCCCCAGCAGCAGCAGCAGCAGCAGCAGCAGCAGCAGCAGCAGCAGCAGCAGCAGCAGCAGUAGCGCGGCUGGGUUGCCUACAGCUGCCCGCCUUCUCCAUCGCCAGACGGCACCGGGGGCCCCCAGCAGCAGUACCCUCUCUCCUCUCUCUCCGUGGGCAGCUGCUGGGGCCCAGGGGCCCCUGAAUUCUGUUGGGGGCCCCUUCUCGGGGGCCCCCAACCCUUUGUUUGCUGCAGGGGGCGGCAGCUCGCUGCUGCUGCUGCAGUCGCUGCAGCAGCUGCAGCAACAGCAGCUACAGCAGCAGCUGCUGCAGCGACAGCUGCAGCAGCAGCUGCUGCAGCAGCAGCAGCAGCAGCUCCUCAGCCGUCCUCACAGGGCUGCUGAAUCGCAAGCCGUCGCUGCAGCAGCUGCAGCAGCAGCAGCUACAGCAGCAGCUGCUGCAGCGACAGCUGCAGCAGCAGCUGCUGCAGCAGCAGCAGCAGCACAGCAGCAGCAGCAGCAGCAGCAGGAGCAGCAGCAGGAGCAGGAGCAGCAGCAGCGGCAGCAGCAGACGGAACGUGUAUUGAGGAGACUGGAGACAGCUGCACGGCUAGCUGAGGAGCAGCAGCAGCAGCAGCAGGAGCAGCAGCAGCAGCAGCAGGAGCAGCAGCGGCAGCAGCAGACGGAACGUCAACAGCAGCAGCAGCAGCAGCAGCAGCAGCAGCAGCACAGCCCUUCAAGGGGCCACCGCCAGCGGGGCCGAGGGGGGCCGCAGAGACAGAGAAGAGAAGAAACCCAGGGGGGGAUCGAUCUGCUCCCGCUGCAGCAAACAGCAGCAGCAGCAGCAGCAGCAACAGCAGCAGCAACAGCAGCAGCUGCUGCGGGGAUCCGAUCCCCGCUCCGGGAACGUCUCCGCCAGGGCAACAGCAACAGCAGCAGCAGCUGCAGCAGCAGCAGCAGCAGCAGCAGGAGCGCGGCAGCAGACGGGAUGGUGGAGGAGAGCCCCCAGAGCGCAUCAGGAGAACAGUAUGAGGAUGCAGCAGCAGCAGCAGCAGCAGCAACAGUAGCAACAGCAGAAGCAACAGCAGCAGCAACAGCAGCAGCUGCUUGCUGCAGUGUUGCUGCUGUCUUUGAGGAGCAGCAGCAGCAGCAGCAGCAGGUGUGGGCGAGCGACGAAGAUAUGCUUGUAGAGGAGCAGCAGCGGCAGUACUCUCCCGCUGCAGCAGCAGCAGCAGCAGCAGCAGCUGAUGCUGCUGCUGCUGCUGCUGCUGCUCUUGAGGGCCCCCUAGAUGAGCAGCUGCAUGCAACCCGUCUGUCUGUAAAGCAGCAACAGCAACAGCACCAGCAGCAGCAGCAGCAGCAGCAGCAGCACAGCUCUUCAAGGGGCCACCGCCAGCGAGGCCGGGGGGGGGCACAGAGACAGAGAAGAGAAGAAACCCAGGGGGGGAUCGAUCUCCUCCCGCUGCAGCAAACAGCAGCAGCAACAGCAGCAGCAACAGCAGCAGCAACAGCAGCAGCAACAGCAGCAGCUGCGGGGAUCCGAUCCCCGCUCCGGGAUCGUCUCCGCCAGGGCAACAGCAGCAGCAGCAGCUGCAGCAGCAGCAGCAGCAGCAGCAGGAGCGCGGCAGCAGACGGGAUGGUGGAGGAGAGCCCCCAGAGCCCAUCAGGAGAAGCGUAUGAGGAUGCAGCAGCAGCAGCAGCAGCAGCAGCAGCAACAGUAGCAACAGCAGAAGCAACAGCAGCAGCAACAGCAGCAGCUGCUUGCUGCAGUGUUGCUGCUGUCUUUGAGCAGCAGCAGCAGCAGCAGCAGCAGCAGCAGGUGUGGGCGAGCGACGAAGACAUGCUUGUAGAGGAGCAGCAGCAGCAGUACUCUCCCGCUACAGCAGCAGCAGCAGCAGCAGCAGCAGCUGCUGCUGCUGCUGCUGCUCUUGAGGGCCCCCUAGAUGAGCAGCUGCAUGCAACCCGUCUGUCUGUUGCUGCUGCUUCUUUUGGUUGUUUAGCUACCGAAGCAGCAGCAUAUGGUGUUAGCGGGGGCCCCCCAGGCAGCAGCAGCAGCAGCAACCCCUUCUUCUCUGCUGCAGCACCGCUCUAUGGGGGCCCCAGGGGCCCCCAUAUCCACAUAGAUAUACCCCUAGUACCCAACCCGCAGCAGGAUGCUGUUCAGUGGCUAGACUGCGAGGCCUUUCCUCUUGAGGGGGCCCCCCCCUCGCCUGCAACACUAAACCCUAGGGGGCCCCCAGCACAGAACCUCAUGAGGGGGGCCCAUCAGGGGGCCCCCAUGCACGCCCCUAUGGAGGGGGCCCCUGGGGGGGCCCCUAUGGGGGCCCCCAUGGGGGCCCCUCACGGCGGGGGCCCCCUUGAGGGGGGCCCCCUAGAGGGGGCCCCCAUUGAGGGGAGCUAUGAGGGGGCCUAUGAGGACGUCUCUGAGGGGGCCCCCCUGGAGGGGGCCCCCAUGCAGGGGGCCCCCAUGGAGGGGGCCCCCAUGGGGGGGGCCCCCAUUGAGGGGGCCCCUGAGGGGGCCCCUGGUGGGGGUGUUUAUGAUUGGUCGUUUGGUGGGUUUGAAUACGGGGGAGAUGAGGAGCUGCAGGAGCAGCAGAAUAUAAGAGAGGAAAUGCAUGCAUGCGAGUAUGAGAGCGACAGCAGCAGCUGCUGCAGCUGCUGCCACUAUGACUGCAGCAGCAGGGAGAGUGAUGAAGACAGCUGCUGCAGCAACUGCAGCAGGUGCAGCAGCAGCUGCAGCAGCUGCAGCAGCUGCAGCAGCAGAAAUGCAUCUGAAGAAGAACGAAGCCCCAGGGUCGACGCAGAGGGCGCACGCCUCACCCCGGUGCUGCAGCAGCAAGACAUAGAAACAACUCAAAAUACCAGCAGCAGCAGCAGCAGCAGCAGCAGCAGCAGCAGCAACAGCAGCAGCAUAAAUAGGUCGCCAGAAGAGAAUGAAUGGAAGGUGAAACGGAUAAAUGUGCUGCUGGAUGUCGCGGGGUUCUCCACAGAAGCAGAAGAGGAAGCAGCAGCAGCAGCAGCAGCAGCAGCAGCAGCAGCAGCAGUAGCAGCAGCAGAAGAUGAAGCAGAAGAAGCAGCAGCAGCAGCAGCAGCAGCAGCAACAGCAGAAGACCCUGGGGCUUCAGCUAGGAGGUGGAGCAGCAACAGAUCCUCAGGGGCUUGCCUGCUGCAGCGUCGCGCUUCAUCGUCUGCCCUCAUGCACAGCAGCAGCAGCAGCAGCAGCAGCAGCAGCAGCAGCAGCAACUCCUACAGCUGUCGCUGCUGGAGCAGGGAGACAGACACCCCCACCCCCACCGCUGCCACCACCACAACCCCAAACAGCAGCAACAGCAGCAACAGCAGCAGCAGCAGCAGCAGCAGGGAUCGCGGCAGCAGAGUUCGACGCCUGCGCCCUCUCCAGAUAUGUGAGAGUUGGUCUAUAGAGGGUUUACAUCUCCUUGGCUUCAAACGUCUCCGCCGCUGCUCUCACCACUCUACAGGGGCCCCCGCCCCCUCAUCAAUACCAGGGGCCCCCCUGGGGGCCCCAGCUCUAGAUGAGGGGCCCCCUGGGGACCCCUCCCGCCCCAGGGUACUGAAUGUUCGAGAAAGAAGCAGCAGCGGGGAGUGGAGCGUGUGA